UCUCAUCCUCCUCUCUGCAGCAGCAGCAGCAGAGCGUGCCACACUGCCACGCACACAAGCACAAGCCCACCGAUGGCAGCAAUAAUGCGCACGCAGUGGUGGCAGCUGCAGCUGCGGCAGUAAUGGCCGGGUUCCCGGGUGUUGGUGGUGGUGGCCACUACUAGUAGAGUAGAGUAGUAGCGAGGUGGCGUGAUGAUCCGGGACCGGGAGGAGUAGAGUAGACCACCCUUGAUCUGCAAGGCGCGCCGCUCAUUGGGUGGCCAGCGUCGACCACCGUUUUCUUGGCCCCGUCUCGCCGCGAUCUGGUGGUGUGCGGGCACGGCUCUUCUUGCCAAGAAGAACACGCACCUAGAAGUUCUUGGUUUUUGUCUCGGUUGAGGGGCGCGGCGCCAUGGGCAUCUCGGCGAGGUGGCUCAAGUCGUUGGUUGGGAUGAGGAAGGUGGAGAAGCAGCAGCAGCAGAGCAAGGAGGAUGGAGAUGGUGGGCGAGUAGCACAGAAAAGGGACGGUGCUAACCAUUUUCACUGCCAAAAUCAGCACGGUCAAGACCAUGAUAACCUUGGAGCACCAGAAGAGUUUCCUGAUGAAAAUGGUCCAUCAGAAGGUGAUAGCAAUGCACUUUCGUGCUCGGAACCCGCUUUUAGUUCACCUAACGUGCCUGUGCCUCAGACUGAAGAAGAACUCAAGGAGAUCUGGGCUGCUACAGUUAUUCAGACUGUGUUUAGAGCCUUCCUGGCUAGGAGAGCCCGUCGGGCUUUAAAAGGACUAGUUAGGCUUCAAGCCCUUGUAAGGGGUCAUAUAGUGAGAAAGCAAGCUGCUAUAACACUCAGGUGUAUGCAAGCUUUGGUGAGGGUUCAAGCCCGUGUUAGAGCAAGGCGAGUGCGCAUUGCUUUGGAAAGCCAGACGGAUCAGCAAGCUAUUCUACAAGAGAAAAUAAAUGAGACACAUGUGCGGGAAAUCGAGGAUGGUUGGUGUGAUAGCAUAGGAUCUGUGGAAGAUAUCCAAGCAAAACUAUUAAAGAGGCAGGAGGCAGCAGCCAAACGCGAACGAGCCAUGGCCUAUGCUCUAACUCACCAGUGGCAAGCAAGGCAACAUGCAGCCAUUACAGCAUUUCAACCUGACAAGAACAGCUGGGGCUGGAAUUGGCUAGAGAGAUGGAUGGCUGUUCGUCCAUGGGAGAGCCGAUUCCUGGGCUCUUAUGCAGCAGAUGGAAUUCCUGUUAGUAGUGGAGCAAUGCAAGACGAGGAAAAUGCUGUCUAUACUCCACAUAAGAAACAUGUUAGAAGACAAACUUCAACACUUCAUUCAAACAUACUGAACCAGAAGACCUGCCUACCAAACUCAGAGGGCGGUGGUUCCUCAUCGAACCGGUCUGGUGGUUCGGCAUCGGCUAAGUCAAAACUGAAACUGUCAUCCAGAGAAGGAUGUGAUGAAAUUUCGUCUCGUCCUUCGGGACUUGGAACUAGGUCGAGUAGUAAUCCUAAGGAGAGGACUGGGCAUUUAGAUCCUCAAGGAAAUAAGAGAUUCUCCUUACCUGCCAGCUGUGUCGAAGCAGGCAAGCGCAUGACGAAUAAAUCUGCGGCAACUUCUGGUGGCUACAUGGUAGCUUUUGCUGGGAGGAAAUAUGCAGCAAGAUCACCUCCGGUUUUCGUCAGUAACAGCUCAUACACCGUGACCAGCUUUACCCUGGUGUUUGAGUUCAACAAAGGCACACUUCAGAACCUGUACUGGAAAGCCAACGGCUGCUCUGCUUGCUCCGGGCAACCCUCCUUCACCUGCGUCGAUCAGAACUGCGCGAUCAGCACGGCGAACUGCACGGGCAAGGGCGGCAGCGUGGAUUGCAGCCCCGGGAUUCAGCUCGCCUUCUCCGGCACUGACAAGCACGAAGCCGUCCUCAACUCGUGGUAUGAGGUGUCCAAGCUCCGGCAGUACUCCCUGGUUGGGCUCUUCUCCAACCUCAAGGACUCACUCACCAGCCAGUUCAGCAUCUUCUUCUAGCUCCAGCAUGUUCUUCUAGCUUUUUCGAGCUCGCAUUUCUCUUCGGCCAUCUUGGUGUAUAUGUCAGUUUCGUGUUAAGGUAAUAAUGUUAUCUAUUUAUAUAUAGUCCAGUGGUUGCUGUUUGUAAAGAAAAAAAAGACGACAAAUUUUGUAAAUCAGCUCUCUGUGUAUGUACCUGGUUUUAUAUGAGACGAUAUAUCAGUUAGGGCGUGUUCUAACGGAAUGAUUGGACUUCUUAGCUACAAUUACUUGUAAGGAUGAACUAAAUAUUUUAUAGUACUCCCUUCGUUUUUUAAUAGAUGACACCGUUAACUU